UCCCGCGCAAACGACCCGUCCUCUCCUCAGCACCGCAGCGCGUGCACACACACACAGGGAGAACAAGCGGAGUGGUACAGUCCUUGGCUCCAUCACAUGUGUUUCUGAUACAGCUAGAACUAAUGUUUUUGGUCUUUGUGCCUCUGGGUUCGCCGGAUCCAGGUCUUGGUCUCGUAAUUUAGACAGUGUGUGUGGCCGGUCUUUCGCGGGGGAAUUUUACCCGCUCGAAGGCACUUUCGAGUGUGUGAGAGACGCGGUAAGGUGUGACUGCGGGAAAUUAAUCGUCCUAACCGUUAUUUUACCUCACCUCACAGCUGCUGCUUUUAAUAAGUUUGGAUACCUACUGCAAAGUUUUUAUUCAUGUCGUUCCACUACAAUGGGGAUCUAAGCCGAAUUUUACGAGCAGGUGGGAGUGGAGAUUAGAGUGGAGAAAGAGGAGCAGAGACAGACGGACGGCUGGAAAGAAGCAAACUAGAACAGACAGCAGCAAGAGGGAAGCGUAGAAGAGGAGGAACACAGCAUGAAUGUAGCAUGGAGGUGAAGGAGCGUCGGCCGUACUGCUCUCCCUCUCGGAGCAGGAGAGAACGAGGGAGAGAUUGCGAGAGGGAAGGAGACAGAGAGGAGGGGGAGGAAUACAGGGAGGGUCCCGGCAACCGCCGUCACAUUGGCUCAUCCUCUGUCCUUACUCAGAAGUCUUAUAGCUCCAGUGAGACACUGAAGGCCUUUGAUCAACACCCAUCCACCCAGGGGCUUUAUGGGCACCGCAUGCCAGACAUGGUGCCAAGGGACACCGAGGAAUACAGAGCUCCAGGCCAUGGUCUGUCACUGAGACAGCUUGGGAUAUGCGGCCCUGCUCCUCGCCGUGGUCUGAGCUUCUGCGCUGAGACCGGACUCUCUCAUCAUACACAGCUCAGCGGAGCAGACCAAAUACACAGCGCAGGGGGCAUUUCUCCUGACUGCGCCAUGCUAUGGGUUAAGGUACACGGACGGGACUCGCAGCUGUCCAGCCGGUCCAACUCUGCUUUAACACUCACAGACACAGAGCAGGACAACAAAUCAGAUCAGGAGAACGACCAGCUUCCCAGCCAAGCAGGACCGCCUCCUCUUCCACCUGCUCCACAUCAACACAAGCAGCAUCCGUCAGUCACCUCCCUCAACCAGUCACUGGCCAAUCAGCCAACAGAGUUUCAGAGUGCAUCUGAAUGCGUGCAGCUGCAAGAAAACUGGGUUCUGGGUGGCAACGUGGGCUUGGAGAACAGGCACUUCCUGCUUAAGACUGGAACAGGGACCACGUCUUUAUUCACUGCUCCCAAUCCGGGAUAUACUAUGGCAACCGGGGCUGUCUACUCUCCACCAGCUCGUCCCUUAACCCGCAACACACUAUCAAGAGGUGCAUUCAAAUUUAACAAGUCACCCAAACGGUGUUCAUGGAAAUGCACCGCUCUCAGUGCUGUAAGCGUGGCCGCCCUGCUGUCAGUUCUGCUCUUCUACUGUAUAGCAAUGCAUGUACUUGGGCUGAACUGGAAACUGAAGGAUAUGGAAAAUCAUGCCUUUGAGAAUGGAAGAGCCAAACCAGUGACGUCCCCGACCAACACUGUGACUGCAAUUUCCGCAGAUGGAAGGAUAGGAGUGAUGGUGCAGUAUAACUCCACGUUGGACACAGGGCAGGUAGAGUUGGGUCAACAGGUAGCACAUGCCGUUCCACCAGGAGUUUUCUGGAGGUCCAGACUUCUCAUUGAACAACCCCACUUUCUCAAGUUUAAUAUUUCCAUUCAGAAAAAUGCUCUGAUUGGAGUCUAUGGGCGGCGAGGACUUCCACCCUCACACACCCAGUACGACUUUGUGGAGCUUCUAGAUGGCAGUAGGCUCAUCUCACGAGAGCGUGUUCAGUUGGAUCCGGAGCUCAGGGACCAACUGGAGAAUCUGGUCAGCGUUCAGCAGGCAGGCUUUAUUCAGUACCUGCAUACCGGUGUGUGGCACCUGGCAUUUUACAAUGACGGCCACACCAUAGAGCCUGUCUCAUACAGCACCAUAGUACUAGAGUCGGUGAUGGAAUGCCCACACAAUUGCUAUGGCAAUGGCGAAUGUGUCUCAGGCACAUGUAACUGCUUCCCAGGAUUCCUUGGGCCAUAUUGCUCGAGAGCAGCGUGUCCAGUGCUGUGCAGUGGAAAUGGCCAGUACAAUGGCGGGCGCUGUCAGUGCUACAGUGGAUGGAAAGGAAUUGAGUGUGACGUGCCGAGUGGUCAAUGUAUGGAUGCCCAGUGUGGGGGUCGUGGCUUGUGUGUUACAGGCUCCUGCAUAUGUAACCCUGGCUUCAAAGGUGACAACUGUGACCAAGUGGACUGUGUGAACUCAUCCUGUUCAGGCCAUGGUUCCUGUCUCCAUGGUCAGUGCCAAUGUAACUCAGGCUGGACCGGAUCAAACUGUGAGACACAGCUCUCUAUGUGUCCAGAACACUGCACUGGCCACGGAACAUUCCAGAGUGAGACCAACUCCUGCAUCUGUGAUGUCAACUGGACUGGUCCUGACUGCUCUACAGAAAUGUGCACAUCGGAGUGCAGUCCUCACGGUGUGUGUGUUGGAGGUGUGUGUCGGUGUGCGGACGGCUGGUCAGGGGCAGGGUGUGAACAGGAGGAGUGUCAGGCACACUGUGGGGAGCACGGUGUGUGUCGAAAGGGGAAGUGUGAGUGUCACCAAGGUUGGACGGGAGAAAACUGCAAUAUCGCACACUUUUUGGACAGCAAAAUAAAAGAUAGCUGUCCAGGGCUGUGUAACAACAACGGCAGGUGCAUACUGGACCAGAACGGAUGGCACUGCCUCUGCCAGUCGGGAUGGAGAGGGGUAGGGUGUGAUGUCGCCAUGGAAACCCUUUGCUCUGAUGGCAAUGACAACGAGGGAGAUGGCUUGGUGGACUGUAUGGACCCAGACUGUUGCAUUCACAGCGUCUGUCAUGAUCAGAUGUAUUGCCACGGGGCUCCAGAUCCCAGCGCAAUGCGAUAUCUCAGCUCACCUUCUCCAGAUGCUCAGGGCUUCUAUCAGCGCGUCAGCUUUCUGGUAGCUCCAGGGGGCACACAUACCCUACCAGGGGAAAACACAUUCAACAGCAGCUUGGUGUCCGUAGUGCGAGGACAGGUGGUGACCAGUGACGGCACUCCACUGAUUGGGGUGAAUGUGUCCCUUCUGCAUUACCCCCAGCAGGGUUAUACCAUCACCAGACAGGAUGGCAUGUUUGAUUUAUUGGUGAACGGAGGCACAGCAUUGAUAUUGCGCUUUGUGCGUGCUCCAUACUCCGCUGUGUUUCGCACGGUGUGGUUGUCAUGGAGAGUUUUCCAUGUGAUGGACACACUGGUGAUGAGAAAAGAAGAAAAAGACAUGCCAACCUGUGAAUUUAGUGGCCUUGACAGACCCUCUCCCCGAAUCACAGCGUCACCACUCUCCACCUUCUACCGCUCCAGCCCCGAGGCAAGCCCCAUCAUUCCUGAGACACAGGUUCUUCAUGAGCACACAGCCAUUCCUGGGAGUGACUUAGACUUGAUUUACUUGAGCUCACGUACUUCAGCCUACAAACCUGUUCUGAAGGUCAUCUUGACCCAGUCCAGCGUGCCCUUCGGCUUGGCUCGGGUCCACCUCAUGGUGGCUGUGGAGGGCAGAAUGUUUCAGAAGCAGUUCCCAGCUUCACCCCGGCUCUCUUACAGCUUUAUCUGGGACAAGACAGAUGCAUACAGCCAGAGAGUCUAUGGACUCGCAGAGGCUGUAGUGUCCGUGGGCUUUGAGUAUGAAUCAUGCCUGAAUGUGAUCCUAUGGGAAAAGCGUACAGCCACGCUGCAAGGAUAUGAGCUGGAGGCCUCCAACAUAGGCGGAUGGACCCUGGAUAAGCAUCACAUCUUGGAUGUGUCAAAUGGGAUCCUGUAUAAGGGAAGUGGCGAGAAUGUCUUCCUCUCCCAGCUUCCUCCCAUCAUCAGCACCAUAAUGGGGAAUGGCAGACGCAGAAGCAUCUCCUGCCCAAGCUGUAAUGGACAGGCGGAGGGAAACAAACUGCUGGCUCCUGUUGCUCUUGCAUGGGGCAUCGAUGGGAGCCUGUAUGUUGGCGACUUCAAUUACAUCAGACGCAUCUAUCCAUCAGGCAAUGUUACCAGUGUCAUGGAGCUCAGGUGAGUGAGGACAACCGGAUGGGUGAUUCAGCAGCAAGGAAAUCUAGUAGAAUACUUGAGGAGACAUUUGGUGACAAAUCACAGCAUGCAGAGAGGCAGCAUCUAGACAGUCUCUCUACAAAACAUUUAAAAGUAAUCCACAAAAUUAGUCCUCACAAAAUGAAGAAACGAAGGACUUCAGAUUUUGCAUAAUAGUGGCACCAAUUCUCACAGCAGGCAAUUUUUAAAGUCUGACAGUAAUUGUCUUGAAAGUUAUGGUUUAAUGCUGUGAAUUUGUAAGCAGUGCUUUGAUAGCUGUAGCAGCAGUGGUUGAAAGGGGAUGAAUUUAGAGACGUUUAGAUUUUAGUGUGCUGACAGAGUGUUAUGUUUUAGCCUGUUAGAAAAGUCAAUUCUGUCAAAGAAUUUGAUUUAUUUCAAAACUACUUUGAAAUACACAGAAUUUUAGAACAGAAUUUUAUUUCAACACGUUGCCACAUACAGUGUUAAGAAUCAGUGUUGUUUUUGUUAUUAAAAAUGGUGAAAUAAAAUAUAAAUAUAAGAAGAAGAAAAAAAAAAGUUUCCCUAAUUAACUAAAGUGGGGCAUACACUACAAGAUAAAUGGGGCAAUUUUCCUGUGGUAUGGGGUGUGUUAAGAGUGAUUGAAUUGAACGUCGGGGCUGCAGCGAUUUCAAAUCAUAAAUAUGCAACAUGAUGAAUAUAUGCUAUCAGAAAUCCUGUUGUGUGGGGGGAUCCCCGAGGACAAAUGCGCAUGCACUCUGUACAUUGUCACAUGGAGCAGCAUGAUUCUCAAUCAAAAAGUGAGUUUAUGGAAGCAUUAAUCACCUCCAGCUCGCACUGUAAUGUGAAGUCCACAUUCAAAUGACUUCAUUUAACCUUUUUCUUUAUUUCCACAAAUUUUCAGUAAAAAAGCAAUUCAGAUACUAUUAACACCGUCAUCUGCCAUUUGUUUACCACGUUUGACCCUGCAAGAUUUCCUGUGUUCAUACCUGGGACUCUGGUUGUUUGUGCAGUCUUCAUCACAUUAGUCACUCCACACACUAUAGUAACAAAACUUUUAAAGGGGUCAUAUGAUGUUGCUAAAAAGAACAUUAUUUUGUGUAUUUGGUGUAAUUA